CGUGUAUCCAGGCAGAUCGCGGCUGUUACAACCAUUCAGAAAAAGGAAAAUAAAGCAACGCACGAGCCCGCUGGGCCAGGACCGUGGGGCUGGGCUGGAGUGAAGGUGGCUGCGAGGUAGUUUCUCUUUCUCUCUUACCUUUAUCGUUGACUGUGUUGGAAGGCGACUGUUCAGAGUUUUCCAGAUUUAAGAGACUUCGGAAAGGUGGGGCAAAUAGAAUGGAGAUGGCAAAGAUCUCUUUGGGUGUAUAUGGGCCUGGCGAAGUAAUGGAAUAAUUUCUAAUUUUUGGAGAAGCCCUCAUGCUGGGAUGGCAGAAGAUGAGCCCUAUGCUAAGAGCCCCAAGGCCAGGGGCAGGCCCCCCCCAGGUGGUGUUGAGGCUGGGGAACCUACCACCCUUCUUCAAAGGCUCCAAGGUACCAUUUCCAAGGCCGUGCAGAACAAAGUAGAGGGAAUCCUGCAAGAUGUACAGAAAUUCUCAGACAACGACAAGCUAUAUCUCUACCUUCAGCUCCCCGCAGGACCCAGCACUGGAGACAAAAGCUCAGAGCCGAGUACACUCAGCAAUGAGGAGUAUAUGUAUGCCUAUAGGUGGAUCCGCAACCACCUAGAAGAGCACACUGACACCUGUCUGCCAAAGCAAAGUGUUUAUGAUGCCUAUCGGAAGUACUGUGAGAGUCUUGCCUGUUGCCGCCCACUCAGCACAGCCAACUUUGGUAAAAUCAUCAGAGAGAUCUUCCCUGACAUCAAGGCCCGAAGGCUUGGUGGCCGGGGCCAGUCCAAGUAUUGCUACAGUGGCAUACGAAGGAAGACCUUGGUAUCUAUGCCACCCCUGCCUGGACUUGACCUAAAGGGUUCUGAGAGUCCAGAAAUGGGCCCAGAAGUAACCCCAGCACCUCGAGAUGAACUUGUAGAGGCAGCCUGCGCCCUGACCUGUGAUUGGGCAGAGCGAAUCCUGAAACGGUCCUUCAGUUCCAUUGUUGAGGUCGCCCGCUUCCUACUACAGCAGCAUCUCAUCUCUGCCCGAUCUGCACAUGCCCAUGUGCUUAAGGCCAUGGGGCUUGCUGAAGAGGAUGAACAUGCCCCUCGGGAACGGUCAUCUAAAUCCAAGAAUGGUGUAGAGAACGUAGAGGGUGGAGCCCAUAAGAAACCAGAGAGACUGGCCCAGCCUCCUAAGGAGCUGGAAGCCCGGGCUGGGGCUGGCCUUCCAGCACGUGGAGAGCGGAAGAAGAAUGUAGUCGAGAGCUCGGCCCCGGCAGCCAAUAACCCACAGGUUAAUGCCCUAGUGGCCCGGCUGCCUCUGCUGCUUCCCCGGGCCCCUCGCUCACUUAUUCCGCCAAUCCCAGUCUCUCCACCCAUCCUGGCCCCCAAGCUUUCUUCAGGUGCCCUGAAAGUGGCUACACUGCCUCUGUCCAGUAGGGCUGGGGGACCCCAAGCAGCUGUUCCCAUCAUUAACAUGAUCUUACCAACUGUUCCUGCUUUGCCUGGACCUGGGCCUGGGCGAGCUUCACCUGGGGGACUCACUCAGCCCCGGGGCACGGGGAACAGGGAGGUAGGCAUAGCUGGUGACCCAGGACCCCAUGACAAGUGUGUCAAGAGGACAGCUGAAGUACCUGUGAGUGAGGCCAGUGGGCAGGACCCACCAGCUAAAGCAGCAAAGCAGGAUAUAGAGGAUGGAGCAAAUGAUGCCAAAAGAAAACGGGGGCGCCCUCGAAAAAAGUCAGGUGGAAGUGGGGAAAGGAAUUCUACCCCUGAGAAGUCAGCAACUGCCAUGGACUCUGCCCAGCAGUCCUCAAGGUUACCAUGGGAGACAUGGGGCUCUGGAGAGGAAAGCAACUCAGAUGGAAGGUCAGAGAGGCCAGGGCCAAUGGGAGAGGCUGAGAAGAGGGCAGUGCUUGCCCAAGGUCAGGAAGAUGGUGCUGUUUCCAAAGGAGGAAGGGGCCCCGGUUCCCGGCAUGCCAAAGAAGCAGAAGAUAAAAUUCCUCUUGUCACUCCAAAAGUGAGUGUCAUCAGGGGCAGUAGAAGCCAAAAGGAGGCUCUUCAGUUGGUAAAGGGAGAGAUAGACACUGCAGCACAGGGUAAUAAAGACUUAAAGGGGCAUGUGCUUCAAAGUUCCUUAUCCCGUGAGCAUAAAGACCCCAAAGCAACACCCCCGUAAUAGAUCUUGUGGGGAAUAGUGUUUAUAUCCAUAUGUUAACUACCUGUAUGCCUAGAAGAGACCUUCUCUGCACUUGCUUCUCAUUUGGCUGUUCUUUUUCUAAGGGAGUCCAUUCUCCUUUGUAUAGACAGCUGAGUCAUCCAGUUUUACAUAUUGCCUGGUUACUGCCUGUGUCCUUUCCAGCUUGAUAUUCCUUGGCUUUAGUGUAACGAAUAAAUCUGUAGUGUCCUUAACUGGAUGGAUCCCUGUGCUAUCCUGUGGGAAGAUAGGGAUGGGGUAAGUAUGAUGAAUGGAUAGGUUAGGGAUCUUUUGGUUUGAAAUCAUAGAAAACCUAACUCAAAGUAUCUUAAAAUAAAAAGGAUUUAUUGGCUCAUGUAACUGGAAAGUCCAGAGGUAGUGCUGGUUCCAGGUGAAGCUUGAUCUAGUGUCUCAGUAUGUCUCUAAAUACCUGAUUGAUUUUUUUCUCACUGCUCCACCUUCUGUAGGAUCAUCUUAAGGCUGGGCCACCUCAUGGGUGCCAACUCUUCUAGGAUUACAUGUUUCCCCAUUGUCCAACCAGAAAAAAAGCAUCUUUUCUGUGCCAGGAGUUCUAGCAAAAGCCCUAAGAUUCACUCUGAUUAGGCCAGCCUGGGUGACAUGUCCACCCCUGACCAAUCACUGUGGCCAGGAGGAUUGUAUAUGCUAAUUUGCUUAUUCUAUAUCAUGGACUACACCUUUGGGAAAAAGGAUGGGAUCAGUCUCCUCAGAACCAUAUUGAUUCCUGAAAUGGAAACUGGGAGUGGGGUGUUGCUGGGGAGGCAGCUGACACCUGGCUACCACUAUGAAGUACAUGUGGUUUCACCCUGCUAGGUAGUGAUCAGUUAGACCUGCUUCCUUUUUUCCUGUCUUGCAUUUCCCUUACUGCAGCUAUAACCCCUUUCUUCUUGUUCUAGUCUCAGAAAGAAGAAGAGGGAAGUCUCUCCUGUAGGGACUCUCUUCAGUCUUUAGAUGACAAUCUACUGUUUCCCCCCAUCUACA